CUUAAAAAUGGGGAACACCAGCAGCGAGCGGGCCGGACUGGAGCGUCAUGGGCAUAAGGCACCCCGAGGUGACAGCUCAGCAGGAGCCAUGGGUACGAAAGAGGGUGAUCGGCCAAAAAUCUUAAUGGACAGUCCUGAAGAUACAGACUUGUUCCACGCCGAGGAAAUGAAGGCUCCGUUGGAGAAAGAAGAAUUCCUAGCUUGGCAACAAGAUCUGGAAGUGAACGAUAAAACUCCCACUCAAGCUCGACCAACGGUCUUUCGCUGGACUGGAGGCGGGAAGGAAGUUUAUUUAUCUGGGUCCUUCAACAACUGGAGCAAAAUUCCUCUGACAAGGAGUCACAACAACUUUGUGGCAAUCCUGGACCUGCCAGAAGGAGAGCACCAGUACAAGUUCUUUGUGGACGGGCAGUGGACACACGACCCUUCAGAGCCCGUAGUAACCAGCCAGCUAGGUACCGUCAACAACAUCAUACAGGUGAAGAAAACUGACUUUGAAGUAUUCGAUGCUUUGAUGGUGGACUCCCAGAAGUGUUCAGACCUGUCUGAGCUGUCGAGUUCACCCCCAGGCCCGUACCACCAGGAGCCCUAUGUGUGUAAGGCAGAGGAGCGUUUUAAAUCGCCGCCUAUUCUUCCCCCGCACCUGCUGCAGGUCAUCCUGAACAAGGACACGGGCAUUUCUUGCGACCCUGCUCUACUCCCUGAACCCAACCAUGUCAUGCUGAACCACCUCUACGCGCUUUCUAUCAAGGACGGAGUGAUGGUGCUCAGCGCUACGCAUCGUUACAAGAAGAAGUACGUGACCACUUUGCUGUACAAGCCAAUAUGAACAUCGCAGUAGUUUGUGACCAACUGUUCUGGGCCAGAGUCUCAGAAAAGAAAUCCUUCUCUUAACCAAACGUACUCCUGCUCCGUGCUGUAGCAAACGAACUCCGAUUUCGUACUGAGACUUCCAGGUUCUCCUGUAGUUGCCUUAUUUUCC